AUGGCUACUCCCCAAGAAGUUGAGAUUCAAAAGGCCGCUGGCAGCGGUUCAUCUGACAAAGGUGCAGUUGCGGGCAGCAAUGAGAAGGCAAUAGGGGCCACUGUCUAUACCAGUGACCAUGACAGUCUCGAAAGCAUUAAUCGACAGGCGCCCACGCCAGACGAGAUUGAAACCCUCCGCCGUGUUCCCGAUAAAAUCCCAUGGCUUGCUUUCUCUAUCGCCUUCGUCGAGUUGUGCGAACGGUUCUCUUACUAUGGAACCAUUGUCGUGUUUGUGAACUUCAUCCAGCGGGACCUGCCUGAAGGCUCCACCACCGGUGCCGGCGGCACUCAUCGCACUCCUGGUGCCUUGGGCUUGGGGCAGCGGGCUUCCACUGGUCUAACUUUGUUCAAUUCUUUUUGGUCCUAUGUUAUGCCACUGGCUGGCGCCUAUGUUGCCGAUCAGUAUUGGGGUCGCUUUAACACCAUUAUGUACUCCAUCGCCGUCGCACUCGUCGGACACACGGUUUUGAUCAUUUCAGCAAUCCCCCCCGUGCUGAAAAACCCCAAUGGUGCCGUCGCGUGCUUUGCGGUUGGCCUUAUCAUCAUGGGAGUGGGAACUGGUGGAUUCAAAUCCAAUAUUUCCCCCCUGAUUGCAGAGCAGUACACUGAGGAAUACAUGUUUAUCAAGACGACGAAGAAAGGCGAGCGCGUGAUUGUCGACCCCGCUGUCACUGUCUCCCGAAUCUACCAUUAUUUCUAUCUCAUGAUCAACAUUGGAGCUCUCAUUGGGCAAAUCGCCAUGGUUUACGCUGAGAAAUAUGUCGGCUUCUAUCUCUCAUUCCUCCUCCCCACUUGCAUGUUCUGUUUGUGCCCAAUGGUCCUCUAUCUUCUGCGCAACAAAUACAGCCGGCACAAGCCUGUUGGUUCGGUGUACGACAAAGCCUUUAAGGUAUGGAUGAUGGCUAUCAACGGCCGGGUGUCAUGGAACCCUGCGAGGACAUACCGCAACUUCCACGACCCAGACAUGUGGGAAAGAGUCAAGCCCAGCAACAUUGCCAACAAGCCAGAAUGGAUGACAUUUGACGAUGCGUGGGUUGAUGAGGUCCGCCGUGGUCUCAAAGCAUGUGCCGUUUUCCUGUGGUACCCACUUUACUGGCUUUCCUACAAUCAAAUGUUGAACAACCUCACGUCCCAGGCCGCAACCAUGUUGCUCAAUGGAGUGCCUAAUGACAUCAUCACCAACCUCAACCCUUUCACGCUCAUCAUUUUCAUCCCUCUGCUUGACAGAUUCUUCUACCCCCCGCUCCGAAAGCUUGGCAUCAAGCUUACCCCUGUGAAACGCAUCACCAUUGGCUUCUUCCUCGCAAGUUCCAGUAUGAUUGCUGCCACAGUAAUUCAGUACUACAUCUACAAACUGGGCCUUGCGGGAAGGAAGCCAACUCUUGAGUACGCCUUCACCAAGGCGCCCAAGAACAUGCGUUCCCUGGUCCAGGCCGUGGCCCUGUUCAUGAAUGCCUUCUCUGCCGCCCUUGGCCAAGCACUCGUCGGCCUGUCUGAGGAUCCCCUGCUCGAGUGGAACUACGCUGUCACCGCCAUCCUUGCCUUCGUCGGUGGUGUCGGCUUCUGGAUCACCAACCGCAGUACCGAUAAGGAAGAAGAUACGCUUAAUAACUUGCCGACUGGCGACUUUGAAACGCGCAACGAUGAUAUUGAGCGGAAACUCGCUGAGAAUUAG